CAUAAUUAUCCAAAUUGAAAAAAAAGACAACAAAACUCCCUCAACAGCAACACACACUACUAGAAUAGCAAGUACUAGAAACCAACAGCAACAUACAUCAUCGAACUCCAAAUCCCCAAUCAAGACAUAGACCCAUGGCUGCCGGAGGCAGUGGAGGCGGCGGAGCUAGAAAGUCCACCACCAAAAUCGCCACUGCCACCACAAAACGUAAAACCCAGAAACCCCAAAACAAGAGCCUCGACCAACAGAACCUCCUAGCACUCAUUUCCACCGCCACCUCCGCCACUCACUCCUUCCUCUCCCACCACGACCUCCUCCUCCUCCCUUCCCAAUCCCUCGCUCUCGAAUCUCUCCUUUCCUCCUCUUCCCUCCUCUCUCUCCUCCAACCCUCCAAACCUCUCUCUCUCCCUUCUCUUCCUUCUUCUUCAUUACCACCUCCGCCACCACAACAACAACCACAACAAUGCUGGUUCUACCGCUUCCUCUCCGCCACUUCCUCCACCGACUACGACCCUCGUUGGUCCCACUUCUUCCACAUCUCCAAACCCUCUUUCUCUCACCUCCUUUCCCUUCUCUCCCCUCUUCUCUCCACCUCUCUUCCUUCCAUCUCUCCCAGUUACGCUCUCGCCGCCACGCUUUACCGCAUGGCUCACGCCGCACCUUACAAGGCGGUGGCACGCCGGUUCGGGUUCAGUUCUGGUUCCGCAGAGGCCUGCCGGGCCUUUUACACGGUGUGUAAGGCUGUGAAUGAGAAACUAGGUGAUUUGUUUGUGUUUAAAGCUGAUAUAGAUAGAAUUAUAGUGGGUUUUGGGUGGAUUUCGUUGCCCAAUUGUUGUGGGGUUUUGGGGUUUGGGAGGUUUGGUGUUGAAGGUGAAGUGUUAGGGAAAAAUGAGUCAGUUUUGGUUCAGGCAUUGGUGGACUCUGAAGGGAGGUUCUUGGAUGUCUCAGCGGGGUGGCCAAGCACGAUGAAGGCCGAUACCAUUUUGCAACAGAGUAAGCUGUAUUUGGGAGUAGAGGAAUCGAGGGAGUUGUUGAAUGGGCCAAGGUAUGAGCUUAGUGAUGGAAAUUCGGUUCCUCAAUACAUAUUGGGUGAGUCUUGCUACCCUUUAUUGCCAUGGCUUUUGACUCCUUAUAUUAGAGCUAAUGAGGAGGAUAGUUUUGGUUCGUCAGAACGGGAAUUUAAUUCUGUGCAUAGUCGCGCUAUGGGGUUGGUUGGCACAGCAUUUGGGAGGCUUCGGGCUCGGUGGCAGCUUCUAGGGAAGCAAUGGAAGGAGGAGUGUGUUGAGUUUAUGCCGUUUGUUAUUGUUACGGGGUGUCUGCUGCAUAAUUUUCUGAUCAAGUGUAGUGAGCCGAUGCCGGAUGAAAAUGUGAGGUGCUUAAGGGAGAGGAAUCUUCCUGUUCCUGAGGGAGAGCUGGAUGAGAGUGCACAAAGGAUCAGGGAUGUGCUUGCCUCUCAUUUGAGCCGGGCGUUCUCAAAAAUGCAAGGUUCGACUUUGGUGCCUCGUUCUAUCAUUAGGUCCUGGGAAUUUUAAAUUUUUGCUGCUAUGGGAUGUGGUGUUUGUGCUAAUGGGAAGGAUGUGGGUAUUGGAAUUCUAAUUUUGGAUUCACAAGGAAGAAUUGCUGCAACUGCAACACAAAUGGGCGGUUGGUUUUUAACUAAGCAGCAUGCCAUAAUUUGUGCCUUGGUGUGAGCUCUAAGAUUUGCUAAGGAAAUGAGUUUUAGCUCAAUUGCACUUGUUAUGACAUCUUCAUCACUUAAACCGGAUUUAAUGAACAACUACAUUCUGUUUUUGGGCCACUGGACUUAUCCAGGAGUGUUCGA